AUCCAGGGUGUGUGAGCAGGCCUGCCACUAAUGAUUUCUGUCGACGCCCUGGAGGCUUUUGAGUUCAUAUUUCUGGCGAAUCUAACUUCCCCAAGCUGCAGGUAGAAGUGCACCCUAACGACCCUAACGUUCACCCCGGGGGGACAAAACGGGUGAAAUCCGUGUAGAAACACACGCCUCUAGCACUUUAAAGCUCACACACGAGCUAUUUUGCACAGUCUGCGGAGAGAGAAAGAGAGAGGGGAGAGUAAGAUCACGUCCACGUCCUGUUGAUCGCUGAGGAUCUCCUCUGAGCUCUUUAAAGAGAUGGAGCCGAGCCUCUGCCACGUUACGCUACGGUGCAUUUGCUCCAGCAGCAGCGCGUGCCCUGUGAUUUGUCCGUGUGAGCUAAGCGCCGUCUCACGGAGCUCCGAAGUGCUCGAACUAAAGUAGAAUCGUCGCCAACAAGAUAGUUUUCUCCACGGGAUCGGUGUCGUUAUCCCAGGGAUUUAAAAAGAAGAGGGCUAGCUGGCUUUCUUUCUGUGUUGUUGUUUUUUUUCUCCUUGUUUAAUUUGGCGAGGGAGCGUUGUGCAUCAUGCAGAGGGGGCACAGUUUCUCUGAGCGCAAAUAAAAUAAUGGGAGAGAAAUGAGAAGGAAAACAAAAGCGAAGCGAAUUCCCGACUACGAAAAUGAAGAGGACGAGGAGGAAGAACAAAAAGCGGACGCAUUCGAUCCCGGGCUGCAGAAACGAAGAAAACAAAUGUAUCCUGCCAAAGAGCGAGCAGAGGGGAAUUCAUCAUCAGCCACGGCUCUCCAGAAGUUAGAUAUGAAGGGUUAUGAGUUUGACUGCUCUCUUGCAGACAACUUCAGUGACAGUCACUCCACCUCUGAGCAGGAGGCUGAUUAUUUGCAGUCUUAUUCGAAGAUGGAGCUAAUUGCGAUGGUCCUAUGCAUGCAGAGGGAAAUGGAGAGCUUGAAGGAACAACUUAGGUGCCUUACAGCAUGUGGAAAGCUGGCCAAAAACAUUGAGGCCCUGAUCGAGAAGACCCAGAUGUGGCCUAAUGGGGAUAAGAAGCCCUCUCUCGCAGUCUCCCCCAGCCCAGUGAGAGUGCCUGUGGAAGUGGAGGCUUUGAUGCCAACUAUGCUGUGUGCCCCCACUGUUCUGAAUGGGCAGUGGGUCAAACAGGAGACUGUGACACAGAAACCUAAUGAGACCUCCCACAGGGACGGGCUCUUCUCAGAGUUCAUCACUCCUGAGCUUUUGGAGAGAUGUAACACAGGAACCACUGCUCAGAAGUUGACCAAUGACCUGCUCCGUGGACUUUAUGAAAGAGAUUGCCUGGCCUCACAUUCAAUCUCUGGUGUCGUGUACAACAAGAGGGGUCAGCCUAAACCUGCCCUGCCCACUGAAGAGGUCCAGGCCAUCCUGAGAACUGUCCAGUAUUUUUUUCCUGGGAAGACUGAUGCAGAGAUUAAGGGCUACAUCCGUCAGAAACUGCAAAAUGAAGCGAAACGCUUGAGGAAAAAACCUCCACUUCCUGGCCCAGAGUCUAGAACUCUGAGUCAACCUUGCCCAAGAUCAAGUGCUAAUCACUUGGAUUGAUUGGACAAAAGUCAAAUGUUUGAUUAGUAGUCAUGAGUUUUGUGUCAUCCAAUGAGCUAGCCUUAUUCAGUGUUAAAAAGGAUCAAGAGAUCAAAAUUUCUUGACUCAAAGUUGAUAAGAGAUGAGUAUCUGUAUAAAUAUAUAUAUCAUGUUAUAUUUGAAAUGUCCUUGAGAAUGUCACAAUCACUUGCAAUAGUUGUUUGGCUACUGGUCGUUGUGAUGUCAAAAUGCAAAUAAAAGGGUUUGAAUUGAG